CCGGCGACCGAGGACCACCUCCACUCGGCUCGCCCAGCCCGGCGACCAGGGGUGGACACACAAACCCUGGCGCUCGGUACGUGUGAGCCUAACUUUUAGGCCACGGAGGUGAGUGGGGGGCUGAAGGUGAAGUACGGACACCGCAUGGCAGGAUUCUCGUGGCGAGGUUGGCGAUCGGGCUCGGAGAGCAGCUAACACACAGCAGAGGAGGUCCCCUCCACCGCACCGCCAUCCUCCGAGGAAGCGGUCUUUCCAACUCUCGCGAGACCCGCUCCGGCGCGCGCCCUCCGCCCCCGAGACCUGCGCGUGGCUGCUCUUCUUCCGACUCCAGCGGCCGCACCGCGAGCGUGAAGUAUGCCGUUCCGGGUCGCUGCCCCGGAAGCGGAAGUGUAGGCUCCGUGCUGUCAAAGUUGUAGCGCGCCUCGAGGGAUCGGUCUCGUGAAGCCUCUUCCCGGGCUCUCUGGCUCUCGAGUGCUUUCCCCGUGAAGGGUGGGAGCGCAGGGACGGUCGAGCGAGAUGAGCACCAUGUUUGCAGACACGCUGCUCAUCGUUUUUAUCUCCGUGUGCACCGCGCUGCUCGCCGAGGGCAUAACCUGGGUCCUGGUUUAUAGGACAGAUAAAUACAAGAGACUGAAGGCAGAAGUGGAAAAACAAAGUAAAAAAUGUGAGUAUGGUAACACAGUGGAAGUUUCAACACAGAAAGUUCAUUGGGUGCAUGUUCACAGUAACUUAGCUUCAGAUAGGGCAGGCCUGGUCUACAGAGUGCUUUCUAGGCCAGAACUGUAUAUUGAGACCCUGCCUAAGAGCGGGUUGAAAAGCUACAGCAGAAAGGGUGCCUGCUGUCGUAAUCUCUUUCCACCAUAUUUUUCAGGUCAGGGUUUAGACCUAGGUUUCCCAAGACGUGGUUUAGGUUUUCCUGGGUGUCUCUGGCAUCCUUCCAAGGACUCUGCAGUUUUCAUAAAUCUCAGGAUAUUCCUCUCAUCACUCUCAUCGUCUCACAGAUUUGAUGGUAGAGUGGUGGCAAAGCUCCCCUUCACUCCUCUGUCUUACAUACAAGGAUUGUCUCAUCGGAACCUGCUGGGGGAUGACACCACAGACUGCUCCUUCAUCUUCCUGUAUAUCCUCUGUACCAUGUCAAUCCGACAGAACAUCCAGAAGAUUCUUGGCCUUGCCCCUUCACGAGCUGCCACCAAGCAGGCUGGUGGCUUUCUUGGCCCACCACCUCCUUCUGGGAAGUUUUCUUGAAGGAAAGCAGAAUUCUGAAUUUCCUAUCAUACUUCUUAGCCCUUCACAUCAGACUUACAAGGCAUCUGGCCACAUUCUCGGUUUGUGUUAUUUCUCAGCUAUGGAUCUGAUCAGAUGAGAACAGUGCUUAACUAGUGGGGUAGUGCUGAUGGUCAUGGAUGGCGUCUUUAGUAAGUGCACUCACUGGUUACAUUUGGGUGGUUUAUGUAAGGACAAACAUCAUCUUUGUCUCAUGUAAGUAUUUCAGUGUGUGCCAUGUGCAAGAAGCAGGGUGUCCAUGAACAUUAGGAGAAAAACAGUUUAUGUAACAACUUCAUUGAAAUUAGUUGUUGUGUUUUUUAAAAAGCCAAAUAUGUCACUUUGUGUUCAACAAUGAGCCAAAUUUUUAGAUGUUUCAUUUAGAGAGAUGUUUGAUUUUUUUUGCAUAUUAAAAAGAAUAUUUUCUAUAAUCUGAACAUAAGGAUAAGCAUUGGCCCAAAAAAGCUAAAAUAAAGUUUCGUCAUGUUCUUUUACCA